CCGAGCCUCGCCGCUCCGGCUCGCGCCCCGCCGGCCUGUCGCCGAGUCGGCGUUGCGGGCGGCCCGGCUCCGCUCGGGAUUGCUGUGCUAUGCUGUGUAUGAUAAAAGUCCUUUCACCAAGAAUACCUUUGCCUUGACACUUGUGGACAGUCAGACCAUAAAAACACUGCUAAGGAGUGCUAAAGUGGCAAUGAAACAGCUUAACAGAAAGAGGAAGCUUAAUAUGGAUUCCGAAGAGCAUUUGAAUCAGGAUGGAUGCUUGGAGCAAGCUGAAGAAGAAAAGAAGCCCAGGGAUGAUGCAACCCCAUUGAGUCACGUCCCGUCAGUGGCUGCACAGGAAGCAUGGUCUUGGGAGCAGUACUUGACAGAACAGAAGGCUAUAGCAGCACCUGUUGAACUGUUUUCCAAGGACCAAUCCUUUCCGGAGCACGAAAAUGGUUUCCAGGUUGGAAUGAGAUUAGAAGGCAUUGACCCCCGACAUCCAUCUGUAUUCUGCGUGCUUUCUGUAGCUGAGGUGUGUGGUUACCGCCUCAGACUUCACUUUGAUGGUUAUUUAAGCUGCUAUGAUUUUUGGACCAAUGCUGGUUCCCCUGACAUUCAUCCAGUAGGGUGGUGUGAGAAGACCAAACAUGAAUUGCAUAUCCCUAAGGGUUACAGAAAAGAUAAAUUUGUUUGGAUGGAUUACUUGAAGGCCUGCAAGUUACAGAAUGCUCCCAAGAAAUUAUUCAGAAACAGAAGUUCUAAUGGGCCAAUGCCUAAAGAAUUUCAGGUUGGAAUGAAGCUGGAGGCCGUCGACAGGAAGAACCCUUCCUUGGUGUGUGUGGCAACCAUAGCAGAUAUUGUUGAAGAUCGCUUACUAGUGCAUUUUGACAAUUGGGAUGAUAGUUACGAUUACUGGUGUGAUGUAAAUAGCCCUUAUGUCCAGCCAGUUGGUUGGUGUCAGGAGAAUGGAAGAACUCUGAUUGCACCCCAAGGUUAUCCUGACCCAGAAAAUUUUUCCUGGACAGAAUAUCUGGAAGCUACUCAAACUAAUGCUGUUCCUGCCAAAGUUUUUAAAAUGCGGCCGCCCCAUGGUUUUCUGCCGAGCAUGAGACUCGAAGCGGUGGACAGACGGAACCCCAGGCUAAUUCGCGUGGCUACGGUCAUAGAUGUGGAUGACCAGCGAGUAAAGGUUCAUUUUGAUGGCUGGGACCACAAAUAUGACUACUGGAUGGACGCAGAUAGCCCUGACAUUCACCCAAUUGGAUGGUGUGAUGUAACAGGGCAUCCACUGGAAGUACCAUAUAGAGCAAAUGAUGUGAAAAUCCUUCCAGGUCAAGCUGUUUGUCCUACUCCAGGGUGCCGAGGAAUAGGCCAUAUCCGUGGUCCACGGUAUUCAGGACACCACAGUGCUUUUGGCUGCCCGUAUUCAGACAUGAACUUGAAAAAGGAGGCAACUCUUCAUGACCGUCUGAGAGAACAAACACAGGCACAUUUGGAAUCUGACUCUUCACAUUCAAAAUCAAAGAACCUCUGCAGUUUGAGCUUCAAUGGAAAACAUGAAAAGGUGAAUAGUCAGCCCAGGCUUGUACAGCAGGCAAAGUGUUUGAAAAUCAAAGGAAAAGAAGAUAUUGACUUGGAUAAUCUCUUCAGAGAAUACUCGGCUGAGCAGACCCAGCAGGCUCUCCACCAGUCGGUCUUCAUGUCCUCUGUGUCAGCCCACCCUUUCCGGGACCUUCCUCUCGGCAGGGAGCAGCACUGCAAGCUGCUUCCAGGUGUGGCCAACAUCCAGGCAGGCGAGGUGGCCCGAUGGACAGUGGAGGAGGUGGCCGAAUUUGUACAGUCUCUUCUGGGCUGCGAAGAGCAUGCCAAGUGCUUCAAGAAAGAGCAGAUUGACGGCAAAGCCUUCCUACUUCUGACACAGACGGACAUCGUCAAGGUGAUGAAGAUCAAACUGGGUCCAGCACUGAAGAUUUAUAAUUCUAUCCUCAUGUUCAGGAAUUCCCAGGACCUCAGUGGAGAAGAUUCUCUCUCAGGCCAGGAAGCCAGAGGAUAAACACACCCCCCGACCUACCGCAGCUCCAGGACCUUCCUCUUUCAGCAAUAAAACUGGCCCACACUAAUUUAGGUUUAAUGUCCCCAUGGUCAUAUCCGUGUUUAAUUUGGACCUUUGAAAAUGGCUGUGGUGUAGAUGUUUCGAGGGUACCGUGGACUGUCCUAGUGCCCACGAUGCAGAGGCCGGGGUGUGAUUCGGGAACAUCAUUGUCUUUGGUGGGGCCCUUCCAGCUCUGAUGCGUUGCAACAAACAGACCAAAGAAGCCCUCACACACACCUUCAGUGGUUCUCCUUCACCAUUAACCAUUUUUCAAGCAUAAAACUCUCGAGUGGUAAAAUAUUAAAAAAAAAAAACAACACUCACAAACGCAUUCUUAGUGUUUCACCAGAACAUCUGAGCCAGGCUCAGACUUGCCAUCUGGGUGCAGUGAGUCUAAGAGAGGCCUGGUGUUUUAAAAAGACUUUAUGUGGGAUUUUUGGGUACUUUACUCAGGAAAGUGUGAAUCUUUAAAAUAAUAAGCACAUGUUUUCAUGAUUCAUUAAUUCUCCUUUUUGUUCCAUUAAUCAUUUCUUGUUUGUGUCCCAGAGCCUCCUGGAAUGUGCCCAGGAGCACCAGGGGGACAGCCAGCAGAAGCUGGCCAGACCCUUCUGAGGCCCCUUCACCAGUGCCCUGAGGCUGCCUGCGGGAGCGCGGGGCGGGGGGCCCCCCUCGUGCCACCCCACACGGGCUGGAGGGCCAGCCACCCACCUGCACUGAACCCCUCCCACCUCCACUCAGAGGAGGCCUCGGAGAAGAACUGGCCCUGCGCCUCCCCCCCGCCAGCACGUGUAAUAAGGGACUGUGUUACAUCUUGAUAGAGACGCUCUAACAGGGAAGAUCUCUGAAGUAGGGAGCUUGGUAGCUGUGAUUUGAACAAUUCUGAUCUCUUGUCAGACCUUACUUGUUUUGUGUUAAGUGACUGUACCUGACACUUAGUGGAGUCAGCCCCAUGAUUCUGAAAGACAGUCACCUGUUCAUACCUACUGUCAGAGCUGCACCGGCCCCUUGGAAGUAGAGACCAUUGUUCUCUGAUUCAUUAAGAAUCUUACGAUUGAAGGAAGUUGAUUCGGCCUGGAGAGAUUCUCAAACUGUAGGUCACUGAAGGAAAAAUAUUCUUCUCUAAGAGGUGUGCACAUAUUGCAUCUUUUAAAGAUUCCCACCUAAAUGGAAUUUUAAUAUAUUAUUGGUUCAUGUAAAUUUUUAUUUUCUGUGGAGUUUUCUUUGCUGUUUAUUUUCUGUUUUUUUUUUAGAUUGCCAUGUACAAUUAAAUUCCUG